GAAAUAUAAGUGAUUUUGUGCCUCGACCAUGCCGUCACCACGCUAAGCCUAAGCGCGGACACUAAGAGCAGGGCCUACCAGGUGUCAGGUGCGCCGGCUACGGCGUGCCGGUGUGCGGCGCGCCUUCGCGCGUGUUCCUCAUCGACGGACCAGUUGCCCGCUCACCCUACGGAGGAUGGAAGUUGAAGUAGAGGGCGAAGAAAUUACCCAAGAAGAGUUGACUGCUGAGAGGGGCUGGCAUACCGCCCGUUCCCGCCGCCGCGACGGGCGGGGUGGCAAGAACUCAUCUCCGAGCGCCUCACCCCAAACACAAGAAUCCUGCUCCCGUACUAUACCCAAGAAGAACGUCAAAGCUCAAGUUCUCAAGGCCGGACGAAUGCCUCCACUACCUAAAAACGAGAUAAAGAUCAUACUUCGACCCAAAGGCGGACUUCAUAUCUCCAAAGUCGGCAGCCCCACGGUGACUGCAGCCAUUUUUCACGCAACGAAGAUGUCCCUUGAGGAGAGCCAGGAAGACACCAUCUGUCCGAAUGUCCAGCAAAAUAUAAUCAUAAUCAGCACCCCCCACCCGCACACCGCCGACAGAUACGUGCGCCUGAAAUCUAUUCACGUCAACGGGACCACUCACGAAGUCAACGCCUACGAGGCAGCCCCUGACAACACCACGAAAGGGGUUAUACGGGGCAUACCUCUCACAGACUCUGCUCAGGAAAUUGACGCAAACAUCGUGAACACCCGCAACCCGUUAGCCCUGGCCGCUAAGCGCAUCGGCACGACCACCACCGUCGUCAUCGCCUUCGACGGACCCAGCGCGCCGCGCCUGGUCUGUUACGGCGCAACGCUAAUCCCAUGUUCGCUAUACCGCAAGAAAAUCGACAUAUGUUACCACUGUGGCCGUCUAGGGCACCGCAUGGACGUUUGCCCAUUUCCUAACAACAAGAUUUGCAGGGGCUGCGGUUCCUGCAAUCCCGACCAUCAGUGCACCCCAAAGUGCACGCUGUGCGAUGGAGCCCAUCCCACGGCGGACAAAGAGUGCGCGGCCAAGUACAAGACACCGUACGUCAUUCGCAAACGCCUCUGGGAACAGAGAAUGACACAACAGUCCACUCCUCAAGCCAGUGAUCUCCCUCCCACGAACCUCAAGCACGGAUCCCGACCGCGAUCCCGCACCGGAGCAGGCCGUUCCGGAUCCAAAUCCCGGUCGAGAUCCCGGUCAACCCCAGAAGGACAAGCAACCUCAGAAAAGCAUAGACGACCGACUGUUCAAGGAACUGAAGCAGUGGACAGCUUGCUGUGAAAGAUGGGAGCAUUCUUCCUCUGGUCUGGACAAGCCCAUAUUAAGUGGGAGAUGUUCAAUAUCAACCCAAUGAGAGGCAGCAAAUGUGGAAAUGGACGCAAGUCAAGGACAGUUGCAGACAGCAAAAUAUUUAAACUGAUACAAUGAUUGUGCUGAAUCACCGAAGAUAUGAGCCAGAGUGAGAACAGUAUACUCGUACAGUUUGGCAGAAUAAACCCCAUCUUUAUGCGUUCAGAGCAGCUGGAUGUUCACUGUUUACUUGGCAAGAAGUAGUAUGUAUGCAUGCUUCCUGCCACAGCUAUGUGCUGUUCCACACUUUGUGGGAAACACUGAAUUCUGCAUUUGCUGAGAAAUAUAUGUGCCAAAUAGUGCAUUUUGUUGCUUUGCAGUCACCAAUGCACACAAGUUGACCCCACACUGUACUUAAAAAGUUGUAAUAAUGGGUGUUCUGUG